AGGCGCGCGGUCCGAAGUUGGGCGUGGGGCCUCAUUUUCAGUGUUUCACCCUCCACAGGACAUCAUAGAGACGUAAAGAGAGGUUGGCUUCGGGAGACACGGUGAUGCCACUUUCAACUUGCGACGUUGUAGGGUUUUCGCCAGCACACCUCAAUUCUGCACUCGCAAACUAAAAGGCAGAGACGUAUAAGUGUUCAUACCACCUCCUUUUGCUGAUAAUACCGUUUCCAAGGAAACCAUUCCAGAUUGCCUUGCCAGUCAAACAACCGUUCGUUAUAUCGUAAACAUGGUCGGUCGUACACUGCUUCUCAGGACUGUUUUUUUGCAGUUCUUCAACCGAACUUUGUGUAGUUCCGGUGUAGCUCAUCAGCAUCACAAAGUAGUGAUUGUUGGUGGUGGAAGUGCUGGCGCGAGUCUUGCUAGCAAAUUGACGAGGUUUUUGAGUGGACACAACAUUGCUGUUAUUGAGCCAUCAGAUGUACACUACUAUCAGCCACUAUGGACACUUGUGGGUGCUGGGAUUCGUCCAUUCAAAGAAUCGGUGAUACCAAUGUCAAAAGCCAUUCCUGAGUCGGUACAUUGGAUAAGAGACGCAGUAUUUGCCAUCGAUCCAGAGAAGUCCAAACUGCACCUGAAGAGUGGUAAACAAGUUACGUAUGACCAGUUGGUACUAGCGGUUGGAAUGGAGCUACGCUUUGAUUUGAUCCCUGGAGCUGUGACAGCUCUCAACACUGACCCGCGUGUUUGCUCCAAUUAUUCUCCGGAUUAUGUUGAGAAGACCUUCAAUGCUUAUCAGUCGUUCAAGGGUGGGCGAGCAAUAUUCACCCUGCCGGUUGGUCCUAUAAAAUGCGCCGGUGCACCGCAGAAAGUAAUGUAUUUGUUCGACGAUUAUCUCCGAAGGAAAGGUCAGCGGCAGUCGGCGGAAAUACUCUACUUUACUGCACUACCCACAAUGUUCUCCGUUGCAAAGUAUGCGGAUAGCUUGGCUGCAAUCUGUCGCGAACGAGGCAUUCAUUUCAAUCUGCAGCAUCACUUAAUUGAGGUCAAUUCAGCGAAGAGUGAGGUUACUGUGGAAAAUCUCCAAACAAAAGAGACCAAAACUUUUCAAUACGACCUGCUGCAUAUCACCCCUCCGAUGGCAGCAUCGCAGGUACUAAUCGACACUCCCAAACUAACGAAGCCCAGCGCAGCGAACUAUGUGGAUGUAGACCCAGCUACCCUACGACAUACGCACUACCCUAAUGUAUGGGCGUUUGGUGAUUGCUCCUCGCUGCCCACGUCGAAAACCACAGCCGCAGUGGCGUCACAGUUACCUGUAUUGUGCAAGAAUCUGCAAAGCGUGCUAACUGGGGGCACUGGCAAUGUUGAACAGUACGAUGGAUAUACCGCUUGCCCUUUGAUCACUGGAUACAACCGUGGCAUCUUGGCAGAGUUUGACUACACAAUGAAACCCCUAGAAACGCUUCCACUCGACCAAAGUAAGGAACGUUAUGUGCAUUACUGGCUCAAAACUACUGUGAUGCCACUCCUUUAUUUGCACUGGAUGCUCAAGGGUCUUUGGUCGGGGCCAAAAUAUUUGCGAAAAAUUCUUCACCUUGGUUUUUCGAGGUGAGCACAGCCAUAAUUUGACAUUCCGGUUUGCAUGCUACGUUGAGCCAGAUGAAUUUUCAGCAGUGAAGUCCUAGCUCACUCCUGAUCUUUCGUGUUGUUUCUUUCAUCAGUGGACUGGCGCCUUCAUGUUCUAUUUUUUUUGUGUGCAGUGUCAUUCAGAUUUUUCUCGAGGUUUUUAGCCAUUAUCUGUUUCGUCUCCUCAGCUUUAAUUUGGUGGCCUGUUUGCGGUCACCCAUCCAGCCUUUUCCUUUUUACACUCCGAGGCCUUGAAUGUAAUUGAGUGUAGUUUGUGGCCGUACGGCAGCACAGUGUCAUUGUCAACACUGAUGUUGCUGUCUACGAUGAUCAUGCUUAUUGUGAUCACAGUUUACCACACUUUGUCUUCCAUUUUUGACUUUAUUACUUUGAGUUAGUCGGUGGCAGAUACCCAUAUGUAAUAUUCAAAUCACUUAUAUUACUGUUACAUGCAGAU